AUGACAAUUUUUCAUUUUACCAAACAAAAACUCAUAAAGCUCUCUACUCUCUCUACUUCAUCAAAAACCCAAUCACCUCCUACCACCACUGGAGCUCCGAUCACCUCCCGAUUCCAGCGAUCUUUUUUCGGUGAAACCCCUCUGCGGCUUACCCUCUAUCUUCAUUGGUCAGCUCUCCCUCUGAUCUUCCUCCAAUUUCGGUCUUCUCCUCUUCCUCUUCACCAAUUCCAAUUUCUUAAGCUUCAAGAGAUUUUGGAGCUUUUGCGGAAGAUUUCAGAUAUUUGUUGUAGAGUUUGCUGUAUACGGAUUUGUUUUAUCUGUUUGGUACAUAUUCAGAUCAUUAUUGUUGUAAAUAUUGUAAAUAUUGUAUUUUGCCGCUUUCUAGAGAUCAUGAGAAGUAAGAAGCGGGAAAUAAAAAGAGUGUGCACUUAA